UGUGCGACAGCGGAGGUGGCGGGCACGGCGGAAGGAGGGACGGAAGGGGGCCCGGGCCUGGCUCCCGCGUCAGGGUGGAGCACCAUGGACGAGGCUGGCAGCUGUGCGAGCGGUGGAGGCUUCCGCCCGGGCGUCGACAGCCUGGACGAGCCUCCCAACAGCCGCAUCUUCCUGGUGAUCAGCAAGUACACUCCGGAGUCGGUGCUUAGGGAGCGCUUCUCGCCGUUCGGGGAGAUCCAGGACAUCUGGGUGGUGCGGGACAAGCACACCAAGGAGUCCAAGGGCAUCGCCUUCGUCAAAUUUGCGCGCAGUUCGCAGGCCUGCAGGGCCAUGGAGGAGAUGCACGGCCAGUGCCUCAGCCCCAACGACACCAAGCCCAUCAAGGUUUUUAUUGCACAGUCCAGAUCAUCUGGAAGUCACCGAGAUGUUGAAGAUGAAGAACUCACAAGAAUCUUUGUUAUGAUACCAAAGUCCUACACAGAAGAAGAUUUACGGGAAAAAUUUAAGGUAUAUGGCGAUAUUGAGUAUUGUAGCAUCAUUAAGAAUAAAGUCACUGGAGAAAGUAAAGGUUUGGGUUAUGUUCGAUAUUUAAAACCAUCACAAGCUGCCCAGGCAAUAGAAAACUGUGAUCGAAGUUUUAGAGCUAUCUUGGCUGAACCUAAAAAUAAAGCAUCUGAAUCCUCAGAACAGGAUUAUUACUGUAAUAUGAGGCAGGAAAGUCUGGGACAUGAAUCUAGAGUAAAUAUGUUUCCAUUUGAACAACAAUCUGAAUUUUCAAGUUUUGACAAGAAUGACAACAGAGGCCAGGAAGCUAUCUCCAAGCGCCUGUCAGUUGUAUCAAGAGUUCCUUUCACUGAAGAACAGCUUUUCAGCAUUUUUGAUAUAGUGCCAGGAUUGGAAUAUUGUGAAGUUCAACGAGAUCCUUAUUCAAAUUAUGGUCAUGGAGUGGUACAAUACUUCAACGUAGCAUCAGCCAUUUAUGCAAAAUACAAAUUACAUGGAUUUCAGUACCCUCCUGGGAAUCGAAUAGGUGUUUCCUUCAUUGAUGAUGGAAGUAAUGUAACAGAUCUCCUUAGAAAAAUGGCAACGCAGAUGGUAGCUGCACAGCUUGCAUCAAUGGUGUGGAAUAAUCCAAGUCAGCAGCAAUUUCUGCAGUUUGGAGGAAGUUCUGGAUCACAGUUGCCUCAAAUCCAGACAGAUGUUGUACUUCCAUCAUGCAAAAAAAAAGCCCCUCCUGAAACUCCUGUGAAGGAAAGACUUUUUAUCGUGUUUAAUCCUCAUCCUUUACCUUUAGAUGUAUUAGAGGAUAUAUUCUGUCGUUUUGGUAACCUGAUUGAAGUUUACCUUGUAUCAGGAAAAAAUGUGGGGUAUGCCAAGUAUGCAGAUAGAAUAAGUGCUAAUGAUGCCAUCACUACCUUACAUGGGAAGAUUCUCAAUGGAGUCAGACUUAAAGUUAUGCUGGCAGAUUCCCCAAGAGAAAAAUCUAACAAACGACAAAGAACUUACUGAAUCCUGAGAAACAGUAACUCAAGAACACAUGGAUCCUGGAAAUGGAAGCCUAGAUCCUGUGGGACACCUUGGAUGUCUUGCAGAAAUGAAUUGGAAAGAAAUGAAUCACCCACCUGCUGUAUAUUACAUGCUUCUCAGUGGACAGUAGAAAAGCUGAAAGCAAUCCUUGGAGCCUGGUAGUUUUUUUCCCUGAAAUUUUGAAGGGCAGCAGUUAUACAGCCCCCUAUUCUGUGACCACAAGAAUACAGCCCCCCCAUUCUGUGACGAAACAAGAAUGUACUAAAAAAAAUUACCUGGAAAUUAAUUUUAAAACUCUUCUAAACAGCUAUGUUGUCAAGAGAAAUGCAGCCAUUAGGGUGAAAAUAAAGUGGUAAGUAAAGGAUGAUGUGUCUAAAGCUAUCCUGAAAGACAAAUGAAUAACCAGUGUAUGGAGGGGGAAAAGUAACAAAGUUCGUUAGAAGUAAAUUAGAAAAAAGUAAAAACAUCAUUUCCUGGCCAAGGGAUUUUUAAAAACAUUGAAAUAUUAAAUAUUUUAAACAUCUUUUAUGAAAUAUGCAGUAUACAAGUUUGGGAAAUCCACCCAGCAAGAAUCAGAAGACCUGAGCUAGUCAGUAGCCAAAGAAAAAUGUUGGGGUAGUUACCAGUGAGCUGUGUCUCCUCAGGGAGCCCUGAUCACUUAGUGCAUGUUGCUGGAUGUGAGAAGUAACUUAUUCCCGGGGUUGUAACUAUUUUCCUACAGAUCAAAAAAAGGUGAGUCUACAGGUAAGUUUUGUAUAAUUAACAAUACCCUGACACUAAAAGGCAAUUCAAAUCAAAACUAGAUUUUUAGUUCACUAGUAGCUAUGAAUACCAACAAAUCAAAAUAUUGGAAAGAUGUUCAAAGAACCAUUAACCCUUCACAAGUGGGGUUUAUCCUUUG